AUGUCAGAAAGCGUUACAUACGACUCUGAAACCCCUAUUAACAACAAUUUGAGUUCAGAAGAUGAAUACGAAAGCGAUACUGAUUCCGAUUGCGGAGCUGUACAAGUAAAUAUGGGAGACACCGAGUCUAUUCUUGCACCAUACGAAGACGAGCCGAUAUUAACGCAGGACGAAAUAGAGCAAGAAUUCGAAGACGAAGUCGAUAUAGAUGGCAUUCGUAUCAGUGCUCUUCAAGAGAGAUUUGAUAACGCGAUUCCCACAAACGAAUGGUAUGUAUAAUUUAGCUAAAUUAUAGAAUAUAAAUAAUUCAACACAGUACCGUAUAAAUACCUAGCCGAAAUGUGUUAAAUUCUUCUUUAUAUAUAUUAUACUUAUAUAAGUUUUGAACAGUGACAAGUGAAUGCGUAUAGCUCGUUUUCUUAAUCAAACUUCGUUCUGCAGUCUGUCAGACUCGGACAGUUUACGAAAUUCGUAUUCAUGCAUACUCAUAGAGACCCACGAUUUUAGGUGCUCUUGUAACAUGUGCGAUACCAGUUCUUUAAACGGGACGAGAGAACAAAGAUGUUGUGCAGAAAUCGAUAAGGCAGUGGAAAAGUUUGGACACUUAGAGAACAUAGCAUGCAUAACCCAGGUUGAAGACUAUCGAUCCCUGACCAAGACAGUUGUGUUGGAACAUGUUGGACCAUUAUUAAAAGACAGGCAAGGAAGAACAUACAAGCAAAGAAGUGAUCAAGGCAGAAACACGUAUGUAUUUUAA